AUGACAAGAAAAAUUCUUCGAGUGCUCAUUCAUUUCUUGUUGGAUCAUCACUGGGAAGAAAUGGACUUUGAAAAUUGUGUAAAAUUUGUGUGUCAUCAUGAUCUGGAUUAUGCCACGAGUCAUGCGAUUUCUCAUCUCAUUACACAAGCGUUCCCAACAUCAAGAAUGACCAUUCAGAGUGCAUGGGUCAUUGAUUGUUUGGAAGUAUGGACGCGAGAAGAUCCCGAAUCAGCACAACAAGCCUUCUCUGAAAAUUCCUAUCAUUUCGGGUCGACUCUGAUUUGGGAUUUGUGUACACACUAUUUCACCACACAACAUUCGAGACUUUUUGAACAAUGUCCUCAUCCGAGAAGAGAGAAGGAUAUGAAAUCAACAACAAAUGAAACCACUAAUUUAGAGGAACGACGAAGAGAUUUAUUACAAGUUGUGGAAUAUUUGUUAUCACAUGGUGCAGAUGUUGAGAAGGGUUUUGUGAGAUCGAAUUUUGUUUCGUUGACUCCCUUAUCGAUUGCUUCAAGUUGUGGACAUUUAGAAACUGUGAAAUUACUACUUCAAUACGGUGCACAACCUUUCAAAUUUGGUAACAUUUACUAUCAAUAUGAAUGUCCACUCUAUGAGGCGUUGAAUUCACGACAUUUUCAAGUAUUUCAAGAAUUGUGUCAUCGAAAUUAUUCAUGUCUUUCUGAAAUUUGUUGGUAUGAACACAUGGAUGGUACGGAACAGAAUGGUUAUGAAUCAUUGAUACGAGGCUACUCGAGUCCUGGGUUGAUUGAUGCUUUGGAUGAACGUUUUUUUCUAAUGGAAUUUGUUCAGGGACAUGUCGAUUCAGAAUUAUUACUCGAAAUGCAACAAUAUUGGAAUAUAGAUGUGGAUCAGUGGAAAUGUAUUUCUCGAGGUUUUCAUCAAUUCUUUAAGAAUUUGAAAACAAGUCUAAAUGUUGGACUCUGCUCCGAUAUUGAGAUUGUAUUCGGUCCAACCUCUUUCUCAAAUGAAUAA